UCUAUAGAUACAAACGAUGAAAAUUGAAGGGUUUAAGUGAGGUAGAUAAAUGCAGUGAAUGUGUUAAAAUAUAAGAGGGGUAGAGAAUAAGCAGAGAGCCAGAGACGGGGGUGAAAAUAAGACAGGGGUCGUAACUGUUAAAAGGCUCAUUGAUUGCCCCUUGGCUACAUCAUUGCAGCUUGAAGGUCAAUUUUCUUCUUCUUUGCUCUAUAAAUUGAGCCUAAAAUCACACCACUUCCCUCACUCUUCUCUUGUUGAGUGAACUUGGUGGAUUAGUAUUUCGCAGUGUCCUUUCAAUAUCAGUGCAUUUGCUUUAGUACGCAGAAACUUUGAAAUGGGUGCGAUUAGCCGGAAAUUCAUUUUGUUGGGACUUGUUUUUGCUGUUGUUCUUCUCAUCUCUUCUGAGGUCUCUUCUCUUUGUUGUUGUGCGUGUAAGGACAUGCCUGAAAAAACACUGUCGGAGAAGCAAGUGUUAAAGAAGAGUAGUGGUGGAUCGUCGAUCAAGAAAAAAUGUCUUGAGAAUGGAGGAAUGGAGUAUGAUAUUGAGCAUGCAGGGAAUGAAGUUGAGGCUGAGCUAAACAAAGAUGGAGAUGAGGUUGAGGUUGAGUAUGCCGGGAAGGAGGUUGAGGUUGAGCUUAAUAAAACUGGAGCUAAGGUUGAGAUUGAGAUCGCCGGGAAAAAAUUUGAGAUUCAGGUUAAGGGGUAAACUGGAAGAGUUAGCAAAGAUCCCAAUCAAUAAGGUGGUUGUAUCAUUUUCUCUACUGUGUUAAAGAGUAACAAUAAAAUUACUCUACUGUGUAAUGUGUUUACUUUUGAGUAUUUGUUUCAUUUUCUUUUAUGAACUUUUGGUGUCAUCAAAAAUAAUCGAGAUAAUAAGUGCAUCCUGCUUUAAGUCUUUUGUACCCAGUUA